AGUAACUCUCUAUUCGCUUUCACAACUCACGACGAAAGCCAACGCUUCCCUGGUCUGGUUCACACAUCGUCUCCUCUUUUUUCUCGCUCUUUCGUCUUUUGGCCUUUUGGGGGUUUGUGUUUAGUCACUCAAAAAAAUCUCCUUUAAAAAAAAUUAUUAUAAUUUAAAUGGGUUUCUUGGUGGGUGAGCUAGAAUCCGGCUGCCAUGCAUUGACUUGCCUUAGAUCAUGGAGAGCUCGUUGUGUUCUCUUUGGCCACUCUUCUUCUCCUUCUCCCCCCUUUUUUGGCUUUCCGGGUUUAGCUUCAGCUUCAUCAAAAUGACAACUCGCAAAUACCCAGUUGCAUAAACUUUGUGAAAUUUUUCAGUUUCAUGUGGUCUAAGAGUGAGCAUAUUUUUUUUGGCGGAAAUGAAGUGCUUUUAUUUUUCCAAGGAGAAAACUGAUGAUCAAAAGAUUACAAAUACUUCCAUCCGAUCCUUUGCUUCUGCUUCUACAUCGACGGAUCAUGACACAAGGAGAUCUGGUUCUGAGUUUAACUCUCAGAAUGUAUCAGAUUUGAGCACAGAAUCUUCCAACAGGAACACAUUUCCUGUUUUAUCUCGAAGACACAGCAACCUCAGAAUCUUCACAUUCUCAGAGUUAAAGACAGCAACGAAGAACUUCAGUCGCUCCCUCAUGCUUGGAGAAGGUGGAUUUGGUGGUGUAUAUCGGGGUGUAAUUCGAAGCACAGAAGAUCCUCAUAAAAAAAUAGAUAUUGCUGUUAAACAACUUAGUAGAAGAGGUUUACAGGGGCAUAAAGAAUGGGUGACUGAAGUGAAUGUUUUAGGAAUUGUUGAGCAUCCAAAUCUUGUUAAGUUAAUUGGUUACUGUGCUGAGGAUGACGAAAGGGGGAUCCAGCGGCUUCUGAUCUAUGAAUAUAUGCCCAACAGGAGUGUUCAAGAUCAUUUAUUAAGCAGGUUUGAAACAACUCUUCCUUGGACUACACGGAUGAAAAUAGCCCAGGAUGCUGCCCGAGGCUUAGCAUACCUCCAUGAGGGAAUGGAUUUUCAGAUCAUCUUUAGGGAUUUUAAAUCCUCAAACAUACUCUUGGAUAACCAAUGGAAUGCAAAGUUGUCAGACUUUGGAUUGGCUAGGCUAGGGCCUUCGGAAGGAUUAAGUCAUGUCUCUACUGCGGUUGUAGGAACCAUUGGGUAUGCAGCUCCUGAAUACAUUCAAACUGGGCGUCUCACUUCAAAAAGUGAUGUUUGGAGCUACGGAGUUUUCCUUUACGAGCUGAUUACUGGUAGGCGUCCUCUUGAUAGAAACCGUCCCAAAAAUGAGCAAAAGCUUUUGGAAUGGGUGAGGUCCCACCUUUCUGAUAUGAAGAAGUUCAGUUUGAUUUUGGAUCCAAGGCUUGAAGGGAAGUACUCUCUUAAGGCUGCUCAGAAACUUGCAGCCAUAGCCAACAAGUGUCUGGUGCGACAAGUGAAAUCUCGACCCAAAAUGAGUGAAGUCCUGGAGAUGAUAAACCGAGUCAUGGAGGUGACAGAGACAGGAAGCCCCCAGAUUCCCAUAAAGAGUUUGGAUCCAAGAGAUGCUGUUGAAGUAUCCAAAAAGGGAAGAUUGAAAAGAAGAUUUGUGGAUUCAAUAAUUGGAGAGAAAGGUUGUCUUGUUUGCCUAACUUGGAGACCAAAACUUGUUAGAACAUAUUAGACAGACAUUUACAUAUUUAAGCCAAGUGUAAAAGAGAAGGGUCUUUUAAAACAAUAUUUACUCGGUUCUAUGUUCAUUUGCAA